AUGCUUGCCGCUAGGCCCUGCGCCAGCCUCGCCCGCCCUUCAGAGUGCGUGUCGGCGCCGGUUCGAGCGGCGGAUUUCACCAGCUUUAGCGGGCUCAAGGCCGUGCAGCCCGUCGCCGCCGUCGCACAGUCCGUCGCACACCGCCCGUCGCCUUCGGGUCGCAGCGCAGUCGUUGUGCGUGCGGGAGUUGCCGUUCCACCCUCGAUCUCGUCGUUGGCGCCGGUGGGCGACCGCGUGCUGGUGCGCCUGGAGCAGGCGGAGGAGCGCACGGCGGGCGGGCUGCUGCUGCCGUCGUCGUCGCAGAGCAAGCCGCAGGGCGGCAAGGUCGUCGCAGUGGGCGACGGGCGAACCAUCGGCGACAAGACUGUUCCCGUCGGUGUUGAGGCGGGCGCGCGCGUGGUGUACAGCAAGUACGCGGGCACGGAGGUGGACUACGACGGCGCGCCGCACGUGCUGCUGCGCGAGGACGACGUCGUCGGCACGCUCGACGGCGACGACGUCGCGCAGCUCAAGCCGCUCGCCGACCGCGUGCUUAUCAAGGUGCAAGAGGCGGAGCAGGUGACGGCGGGCGGGGUGCUGCUGACGGAGAGCGCCAAGGAGAAGCCCGUCAUCGGCACGGUGAGUGCGCCCCGCCCUGCGCCCCCACGCGGGUAG